UUGCAGUAAAUCGGCGCAAAUUUCCCGCCACAACUCGCGUGCGAGUAAUUGCACCAAUGUCGGCCAUUGUUCGGUUUUGACGGAAGGUGGGGUACAGUCAAAAUAAUCAUCAAAUAUGGUUCUUUCAGAAGACGGAGAGGACAAACUAGAGGAAAAGUAUGACGAGUUAUGUCUUGAUCUUAACAUGGACCGGAAAACAAAGGAAGAGGCAUGGAAAAAUUACGAAAAAAUCAAGAAAAACUACACAUUAGAGGGGGACCAGAUUCAUUGGUUAUCAUGUGCACUUUACGAGUCGUGCAGAAGAACUGUCGUACCAACUGUAGGGAGGGGAACUGUUGAAGGCAACUGCGUCUCCUUGACAAGAUUACUUAGAUCCUCAAAAUUUAGUUUGAUACAGUUUUUCAACAAAAUGAAAAAGUGGUCAGAUAUGGCAAGUCUGUCCCAAGAGUUUAGAGACAAAGUAGAAAGACUGGAACGAAACUUUGCCGUUUCAACUGUGAUAUUUAAGAAGUUUGAGCCGAUUUUUCUAGACAUUUUCAAAAGUCCUGCUGAUGAGGCGCCGCGGCAACCAAGGAGUAGGAAACAGAGGAAAUUACCAUGUUCAUUAGUUGAGGUGUUUAAUUUUUGCUGGACAAUGUUUGUACAAGUGAAAGGUAACUUUCCUGCAAUCAGCGACGAUUUGGUAAACUCGUACCAUUUAUUAUUGUGCAAUAUAGACUGGUUUUAUACAAAUGCCCUCCUUGGAGGAAGAAAAGAUCUCUUGAAUCCAAAUUUCUCAGGGUUACCAGAAGGGUUCCAUGCAAGGGACUGGAAGCCCCCAUCUGAGCCCCCUUGUAUAAUGAAGCAUUUAUGUGAUAAACACGAAGGUCUGGAGAUAGAGGCCAAAGUGAUAAAAGAACACUGGUGGAAACCACAUCUUAAAAAAUUAUUUGAUAAAAAGGUUUUAAAAGGCAAGCCUGACACACUAUCAUCUGUACUAGAAAUAGGGAACUUUGAGGCAAACAAUGAUGCAAUUAAUGAAGCGUAUGACGAAUUUCCACUUGCAUACAGCAGAAAAGCUGUAAACAAUGCCUAUGAGGAGUAUGUGCUCAGUGUUGGCGAUUUUGACGAGCGUAUUUUCCUGGAUGAUGAUGCAGAUGAAGAGAUCGGAACUCCCGCCAAGUCUAGGGAAGACGUUACGGGAGAAUUGAAGGAGAGAAUGCAACAGCGAACAAGUUUACAGCAACAUGUUGAUCAGACACGCAGCCUGGCUCCAUCAACACCUCUGACAGGCAGACGGUACCUUAAAGAGAAGGAUCCAACAAUUACACCGGUGUCCACGGCAACUCAAAGUGUGAGCAGAUUGCAACAUUUACUGUCUGGAAGAAAAACAGCGCCAAGUGAUACUUUACAAGAAAUACUUAUAGAGCUAGGUGGUGAGGCGCUGAUGGACACAAUUACACAAAGGGUCAAAGACAUGGGAGAAAUCUUCUGUAAUAAUUAUGUCCAGGCAUCAGAGAGCCAUCCAGGAAGCCAGCUUGACUUCGCAAAACGGCGACUUCAGCUCGGUGAAAGCCUAUACUUCAAAACAUUAGAGGAAAUUCUCACCAGUGAGAGGAAAAGAGCAGAAAAUUGCAAAGAUCAUAAAAGCAAUGUAACAGGAUUAUUGGAGCACGACUUGUUUCACAGAUCAUUGUUUGCCUGUUGUCUGGAGAUCAUUAUCUUCUCAUACAACUCUCAGAGGAUGUUUCCAUGGAUUGUAGAUAUAUUUGAUUUAAGUCCGUACCAUUUCUACAAGGUGAUAGAGAUUAUUGUAAGAGAAGAGGAAGGCUUGUCACGGGACGUGGUCAAACAUCUUAAUCAUAUAGAGGAAUGUAUCUUGGAGAGCUUGGCAUGGAGAGGUGACUCACCAGUGUGGGAGGCAAUAAAAUCACAGAACUCAGAUGUCCCACAGUCUGCUGAGGUAUCCUUACCUGCUAAUUCAGACCCGUCAAAGUUAAGUUUACGGCGAAUUGUUCUAGACAAGAAAACACAGAAUACAAAAGAUCCUUUGUUAUCACCAACGGGACCUUCAGCUGCAGACA